AUGAAACCCGUGAUCGCGGUACCCGCAAUUCUGUUGCUCAUCUACCGGGCGCACUCUAAAAAGUCGCUGACGCCCGGGGGCCUCAUGGCUGCGACCAUCACUGCCAUCGCGCACGCAGUGCAUCCGUGGAACCUACCGUUUGCGCUUCUCGUCGUCUUCUUCCUUGCCGGUACCCGAGCGACUCAUGUCAAAGAAAACAUCAAGGCGGGCCUGACUCUCAAAGCCGGUGGGACAUCCGGCGGCGAGGGACCACGCAACCACGUCCAAGUUUUCGCCAACUCUCUCACUGCGUCCAUCUUCUCGCUGCUGCACGCCUACCAGCUGCACUCGCGCCAGCAGACCCUGCUCGCCUCGCCCGGCCACCCUGAGGGCGAUGCUGGCAGCUUGUGUUUCUCCUGGGGUGGUGACCUCCUGGUGGUGGGCAUCAUCGCCAACUACGCCUGCGUUGCGGCCGACACGUUCAGUUCGGAGUUGGGGAUCCUCGCCAAGGGCCAGCCGCGGCUUAUCACCAGCCUCACGUUGCGCAAGGUGCCCCGCGGUACUAAUGGCGGCGUGACGCUGACGGGGCUCGGUGCGGGACUACUGGGCAGCAUCAUCAUUGUCACGGCGUCGAUGCUGUUUCUUCCACUAUGCACUAGCGCGACGGAGGGGAAGCUGGGUGGGGGCGCGGCGUGGUCUCUCGAGCAGCGGCAGACACUGAUUCUGGGCCUGACGGUCUGGGGCUUGCUGGGGAGCGUGGCGGACAGUAUUCUGGGCGGGCUGUUCCAGAGCAGUGUGAGGGAUGUUCGCAGCGGCAAGAUUGUGGAGGGUGAGGGCGGCGUGCGGGUGUUGGUCGCCGCGGAUGAGCAUGCUGCAGCGGUAGGUACGGAUGUCAAGGCUGCGCUACUGCACGGCGAGGGCGAGUCGGCUGUGGAGGAGACGGAGCCUGCCGACAAGUAUGACGCCCGCGAUAAGCACCGCCGGCCGAGCUUCGGAGAUGAGAAGCCGUCGCGGACAGUAGAGAAUGGAUGGGAUCUUUUGGACAACAACGAUGUCAACUUCCUGAUGGCGUUUGGCAUGAGUGUAGCCCCGCUUCCAACUCUGAUCUUCAAUCCUAGCACCCAUGAGAGUGAGCUCCUCCACGGUCUGCGACCCCACAGACACAUAACCGGCAGGCCCCAUCCUGAGCAACCCCCCGUUUCCGCUUUCGACAAGCGACCCCGUCCUAGCGAGCAAGCGAGCUUUGCAAAAUUCCCUGGAAACCCGACCUCGAGCUCCUCCAUCGACGCCGCCGUCAUGUCUUCGUCGUCGUCGGCGCCCGGCGCCCACGGCCACCGAAACAAUGCCCCGCCCCGCGAUAAGUCACGUACCGAGCAGCGUAUCGGCGCGUACAAUAUCGUCAAGACACUCGGCGAGGGCAGCUUCGGCAAGGUCAAGCUGGCCGUACACCGCGGUACCGGUCAGCAAGUGGCCCUCAAAAUCAUCUCGCGAAAGAACCUCAUCAGCCGCGACAUGCAAGGGCGCGUCGAGCGCGAGAUUGAAUAUCUCCAAUUGUUACGGCAUCCGCAUAUUAUUAAACUGUACACCGUAAUCAAGACACCGACCGAGAUUAUCAUGGUGCUCGAGUUCGCCGGGGGCGAGCUGUUCGACUACAUUGUCGCGCACGGGAAAAUGCAGGAGGACGAGGCCCGCCGCUUUUUCCAGCAGAUGCUUUGCGCUGUCGAGUACUGCCACCGCCACAAGAUCGUUCACCGCGAUCUAAAGCCCGAGAACCUGUUGCUCGACGACAACCUCAAUGUCAAGAUCGCCGACUUCGGCCUGAGCAACAUCAUGACGGACGGGAACUUUCUCAAGACCAGCUGUGGCUCACCCAAUUAUGCUGCGCCCGAGGUCAUCGGCGGCAAGCUAUAUGCGGGACCCGAGGUGGACGUGUGGAGUUGUGGUGUGAUCCUGUAUGUCCUGCUGGUCGGGCGCCUGCCCUUUGACCACGAGCACAUUCCCACCCUGUUCGCCAAGAUCGCCCGGGGUAGUUAUAUGGUACCGACCUGGAUGAGUCCUGGCGCGGCGAAUCUCAUCAAGAAGAUGCUGGUCGUUAACCCCGUCCAGCGGGCGACUAUUGAGGACAUUCGCAUGGACCCGUGGUUUCUGAAGGACCUGCCCACCUACUUGCACCCGCCCGUCGAGGAAUUCCUGAACACAGGCGUCGACCCGAAUAAGGCGAUCAAGGUCAGUGACAUUGCGCCGAACGCGCCGCCGCAGGAGCAGGAGAAGCUCCACAACGAGGUUACCGAUAAGAUCAGCAAAACUAUGGGUUACGGGAAGCGGGAUGUCGAAGAAGCCCUCGAGGCCGACGAGCCGUCUGCGAUCAAAGACGCCUACAUGAUUGUGCGCGAGAACAAGAUGAUGCAGGCCAACCAGCUCUCGGGCCCCUCGGCGGACGACGCGACACCGAGUCCCUUGCUGGAUCCCACCAUGUCGUCUGCCCGGUCAAUAACGUCAACCAGCACGGGUGCGUCCGCCGUUCGGCCCCCCUACGUCAGCAAGGUCGGCAUUCUUCCUAGCAGCCUGACGCUGUACCACAAGGCGUUCAUGGAGCGCGAGCGGGCGCGGGCCGAGGGGGUCGAUCUGUCGGAUGCGCCGCUGGCUUCCCUGGAGCCGGCAUCUCAGCCACGGAACCAGGCCGAACAAGAGGAGACGCUGCGCCGGCUGAAACCGCAUUCGCGCAGCUUAAUGCGGCCGGACGACGCCAGCCGGCCACAGGGGCUGACUCCCGUCAACCUGGGCAGGAAGACCAAACCAACCCGGUGGCAGUUUGGAAUCCGCUGUAAGAAUGCACCCUGGGAGGCCCUGCUGAUGAUCUACAAGGCGUUGCACAAGCUGGGCGCGACAUGGUUGGUGGACGAGGACUACGAUACCGCACAACAAGAGGACGAUGGGGGCGACUACCGCAGGCACUCGCGCAACCGAAGCUCGUCAUCGGCGGCGACAGUAGACCCUCGGGACAUCUACAACCUGCCUGCGGAACCAUGGCAUAUCAAUGUCCGAUGGGAGACUGGGAAACUUCAAAAACACUCGGCCGCCUUGAAUCUCGGAGACAAUGCAUCACCCGUCAGCCCGCCACAAGUCACCCGCAAGAACGGUCAAGACGCGCACAUCGUGGCGCUGCGCAUGGAGAUUCAGAUCUACGAAAUGGACCAGCCCGUCUUCCUCGUCGAUUUCAAGAUUGACGGCUACGAAACCCCCGACGGCAAGCUCCUCGAGGACAAGGAAGUCACCAGCCCGUUCCCGUUUCUCGACAUGGCCGCUGCGCUCAUCAUCCAAUUAGCCGAAGAAGAGUAG